CCGGAAAUGGAAAGUGUUAGGAUUACUGUUUACUCUGUGCUCCAGUGCACCUUGGGAGAAAUAUACAAAGAAUCCUUGUGAUUUUUUUUUUUACAUUCCCAGAAUAUAUGUAUAUAUUGCUGUGGGACUGUUUGUGUUGACGGAGGGGGUCGCAGCGGACUGCAGCGUCGGGCCGGGGCCGCCCACCAUCUGUGGAAGAGGAGCAGAUGGCGCAUCCGAUCCGGGCCGCAGGGCUGCUGACCGUCUGUGCUGCACAAAAGAUGGGUUCCUGCCGAUUGUAUUGUUUGUUUUAAGCUUCUGCGCGGCAUCUAUUAUAUAUAUGUUUUUGUGUGACCGGAAACCUGCUUUAUAAAAAACGUGUUAAUCUGAUGCGCGACGGACUGGCGUCAACUUAAUCCCUCCUUUAUUUGACGGCGCGAGGCUGUCUCUCUGCACCAACGAUGGUGGACAACCGUUACGCCACGGCUCUGGUCAUCGCCUGCGUCCUGAGCCUGCUGGCCACCGUGUACCUGUCCGUGGCCGUGGGCACGCAGCACUGGUACCAGUACAUCAGCCCCAGCGUGCGCGGGGAGGCCAACGUGUCCGAGCUGCGCUCCCUGCACGAGGAGUUCAUGACCGGGGAGUUCGACGAGAAGACCUACAGCGACACCUUGUUCCGCCUCAACGGGACCGUGGGCCUCUGGUGGCGGUGUGUGCUCGUGCCCGCCUCCGCGCAUUGGUACAGGGAGCCAGGUGCCAAGCUGGAGCUGGAGUGUCGAAACUUCACUCUGCCCGAGCAGUUCACCCCGAAAUACAAAGAACCGGGGAACCACAACAGCGGCGAGGACAUGCUGCGCACCUAUCUGUGGAGGUGCCAGUUCCUGCUGCCGCUGGUGUCUCUGGGUCUGGUCGUGUUAGCCGGCCUGACCGGGUUUUUCGCCUGUCUCUGUCGAAGCCUCACCCCGACUCUUUGUAUUGGAGUUCUUCACCUUUUAGCUGGUCUGUGCACCUUAGCCACCGUGUGCUGCUACCUGGCCGGGAUGGACCUGCUCCACAGAGCGUCGAUGCUUCCCGACAAGGUGGAUGGCUCUCUGGGCUGGUCCCUCUACCUGGCCCUCAUCUCCUCGCCUCUGCACAUGAUGGCCGCGGCGCUCCUGGUGUGGGCGGCGCGCAGCCACAGCCAGAACUACUACCGCAUGACGGCCUACCGCGUGGCGUAGCCAGAGGUUCGRCUCUGGAUCCCAUAGUCCCGUUUAAAUUUUAAACCCGCAUCAAAAUGUGUUAUUGUAGUGUUUCUUUCCUACAUAUUUUGUCAACUAAACCCUUUAUAAUUAACAGUAAAUGACCCUGAAGUGUACUGCAGUAAUAUAUUUAAAUGUUAUUUAAUUUUAAAAGUCYGAAUUAAAAGAGUUGACAAGAGAAAAACGGAUAGUCCAGCAUUUAGUCUAGCUCAAAAACAAUGGAAGGAAGAAUAAGCCAACAACAGUUUUAUCAUAUUUUCAAAUAAAAUUCUAAUCUAAAGCAAAAACACAAAAGUUUCAUACAGAAAUUAAAAAAAAAUAAUAAUUUACAAAACACUUCCGGGCUGAGCUGUGCAGUCGAUUCUGGCACAGUAAGCCCUUCAUCUAUUAAAGAAAUCACAAAAUAGGAUGAGGUGAGCUUUUUUGGUGUUUCAGCAGGACAACAAGCAGAAGCAAUCAGCACUAAAUCAUGGUUAAGAAUGAAUAGUAGACUGACCUGAGUUGAGAAAAUCUAACCUGCUUCUGCAAAAACCUUAAAAGCCAUGAAAGAGUGGCAGAAAGUUAGAGGUUACUGCUGGCAUCAGUUUCUAACUGAACACUGAAGCUUUCAUGUUAUUAAAAUGAUCCAUUCUUCCGUACGUUUUUCAACACAUAUCUUGUUUCACAAUUUUUAUGUUAUUUCAAAAAGUCAUUUUAAAGGUUCAGCUCCUUCAGGACAUUCCAGCUAUUUUUGGUAUUUCAGCAAAUUACAUGYUUUGAGAUAUUUAGCUUUUUGGGAAAUUAAUGUWCUUUUGAAACUGAAUAGCAACAUCCAGAAAAUCCUUCAAAAUAGUGACACCUUUCCUGCACUUUACACCUUUUGUUUAGCGUCUUUAUGUGCUAGUUCUAGCUUCAGCUUUUUUUUGCUAAUAUUAGCUUUUUUCUAUGCUUUCUAUUUAUUCUAAUUAAUUUUUUGUGCUUCUAUUAGCUUCUUUCUGCUAAUUUAAGCUUUUUAUGCUUCCUUCAGUUUUCUACAAUUUAAGCUACUUUUCAGCUUUUUUCAGCUAAAGUCACCUUUUGUGAUUUUAGAUACUUAGCUAAUUUAAGCUGCUUAAUUCAGCAAACAUUCUCUUUCUGCUUCUUUGUGCUAAAUUCAGCUGUUUUUUUUUUUUUGGCUCUUUUAGAACAAAAUAUUUUUUUCUGCACAACUGUUUCAGUAUUCACACAGCAUUUUCACAGAAAUCUCUAGUGCAAUCAGUGAAGACCACCUUUUUACUAAACACCCUUACUCUACAAAAUAUAAAUAGUUGAAUUCAUUCUUGAAGAUGAGCUGAAAUUCUGCUGCAACUUAAUUUUGACCAAUGCUGUUUGUUCAAUUAGUAAUUAGUUGCCUCCGUGUGAGGCAUAUACAAAUUCAAAUGAUGAAAACUGGCUACAUUUCAGCUUCGGCCUGCUGUUUUUUUUUUUUUUUUGCCGUAUUUCAAGCUACUUUUUGCUCAUUGCAAAAUCACUUAUGCCUUGUUUAUGUUUCCUGUAGUUGGUUUUCCCAGCAGUAAGCAAGUGCAGCAAAUGCGUAGCGACCCAUGCAGUCAGACAGUACACAGUGUUUCUUAACGUAACAUUUCAGCCCACACAUUCUGCUGUGUUACUGCUCAACAUCCGUCAGUUCGUACGUGAGGAUUCCUGUGCUGAAUAAUGACUUUUCUUUGCCUUUAGUCACAUGUACCAGAGCAUUUAUGAGGGAUUGUUCAGAUGUACCGUCACACCCAGAGAGUGUUUGCAGCUAAAUUGGAUCAGUUUACCAGCGGUGCUCUGUUUGAACCGAUUCACUGCAGCUGCUUUAAACAGGAUGUGGCAUCAGGGAGAAAUCAAAGAAAAUUAACUGUUAUUGCAAACGAAUUUGACUUUUAUUUAUUUUACUGGUAUUUAUUUGCAGUUAUGGUCAGAGUGGUAGUUGUUUACCCAGUUUAUAGUUUUGUUUUAGAUUUGUAUUCUUUGUGAUGUUUUACUACAGUAAUUUUGUUGAAAAAAAAAGCUUAGUUUUUUUUUAUUUAUGCAUACUUUUGUCAGUAUGAUUUUGACCUCAAUCCCAAAAAUGUGAAUUGAUUUCCUACUCAGUGUUUUAUGUUUUUAAUUUAUUUAUUUUUUUAAUUUAUGUUUAAUCGUGUUUCUUAUUUUCAAACAAAAAAGGCAGUUCAUCAGGAUUUAAUUGGGGAAAAAUGGGUUUUCCAUUCCCUUAUUGGCAUUAUGAAUGUACUUUAUAAAAGGCCAUAUGAUAAAACAACCUCCAGUUUUGCUUUGCACUUAAAGUAUUUUUGAUCAUAUCUUGAAUAUUGUUGCCACUUGAAAGAGGUGAAAUUAUUUUUUUUGACGAUGUAAAUGUCAGUGAUUGAACAUGAGUUAUUAUUGUAAAACAUGCUGGGUGUUCAUCAAUUAGCACCCUUAUAAAAACAGUUGAUAUUGAAGAAUAUUGCACAUGAUUGUGGCCGUGGUUUACAUUCAGAUAUCAAACACAAGAAGCUCUUUUAUCCCUGAAUGGAUUACAAUGUGAUUUAGUGAGUUAAAAAGUGUUGCUCUUUAUUCUGAGCUGUGUACAUUUGAUAGUGUAUGCAAACAUGCGUUCAUUUCAAUAAAAGCUUUUGUUUAAAUAAAA